CAGGAAACCCACCCCCACCCCCACCAGGGAUUGCCCCGAUCGCCCCUAUUGCAACUUACGGAACUCCACACGCUCCUAUGCCGGCGCAGGCUCCGACUGUACAGUACCAGGUUCCCCCCAGUCACUGGGGUGGACAACAAUGGCAAUGGCCCGGACUAUGGGGCGCUUUGCAAUCACCACCGGUGCAGGUGGUGCAACCCGCCCCUCCUCCUCUUACUAUUCUAACGAUUCGCUCAGGUUGAUAACGGCGAAGUUGGAAGAAGUGGAUAAGAAGCCCAAUAUUUUCGCCGCUGAGAAAGCCCAGUUGGAGAUGCUGUGGAAAGCGAAGGCCGCAGAGUCAGACGCAGGUGGGAACAAGGAUGGGAGUAAAGAUAAGGAAGCAUCAAGCAGUGAGAAGAGGAAGAGAGCAGUGGCGCGCACCCCGCUGGAGAAUUCACCAUCCGCUGCGCGUGCAAAGCGCCGAUCACGUGGGAGUUCGAAGUCCCGACCGAAGAGGAUCGAGAUUUCAUCAGAUGAGGAGGCUGGCGGCAGCGUGAAACAGAAUCUCCAGCCUAAACUGGAGAACAACAGCGAAUUGGCCGACAUCAAGAGGAUGCUGGUGGCGCUGAUGCAAGGGAUAGGCGACACGAAGGGUAAGGCGAAGGUGGUCGAACCAACUCCUCCUGAGCCUAUUGUUACGGAGGCUGGGGCGAAUGAAGAUGUUGACCUCGCUCAGAACUCCACGCCUGCCGAGGAAGAAGAGGAUGAUGAGGGUGGCCUUGCUGCUUACAUGAAGGUGCGUGGGGAGUAUUACAGCUCGUUGCACUACACUAGAGUGCAGGAGGUAUGCAAGGAGAAGGGGAUUCAAUACUUUCGUAAGGAUAUGGGGGUGUGGGAACUUGUCAGGCGCGAUGUGCAAGAGUACGCAGAUCUCCUCAAGGAAGGGAGAGUCGAGCCAUCGACGAAGAAAGGACCAGAUGCUGCUGUUGAUGAGUCAUCUGCAUCGGACUCUGACAAUGUGAAGGGAAACUGAACCUAUGCAGUUUGAGGUCGCUUGUUCGGCUGACCCGAAGAAUCAUACGGUUGAAACACGAUGAC